AACAAUAUUCUCUCGCACUCUCUGCAGCAAGCGCGAUGCCACAUCCUUAGUCCGCAUGAUCCUAAAGCCCCCUUCUCGCAGGAAUUAUUUUCGACCAAUUAUUAGACCAUCAAACGGUUCGGGGCUAGACCAAAAACAUUCAGGGCUGCACCCCGGGAAGCCUACCCCUAACAACGCAGAUAGCUUGGUUAUACUCCACUUGUUCAAGAAGUGUCUAUUGAUCCACAUGGGAACGCAACCUGCUAGUCUCCACUGUCUGCUCGGGUGGAGAGAGGACAAAACACGAUUAAAGAUUGGAAUCAUUGGAGGUUCUGGCCUUGAUGACCCAGACAUAUUGGAGGGAAGGACCGAGAAAUAUGUAGACACACCUUAUGGAAAGCCUUCAGAUGCCCUUAUAAUGGGGAAGAUCAAAAAUGUUGAAUGUGUGCUCCUUGCAAGGCAUGGGAGACAGCACACCAUCAUGCCAACCGACGUCAACUACCAGGCUAACAUCUGGGCGUUGCGAGAGGAGGGCUGCACACAUCUCCUGGUCACCACGGCCUGUGGUUCCCUCCGGGAAGAGAUYCAACCGGGAGACAUCGUCAUCAUCGACCAGUUCAUAGACAGGUGAGUGCYAGAGUUUCCUWGGCCU